UGCGAUGCGGGGCAUGGCAGACGUCAGGGUCCGGAUGAGAACCUUGGAAUCUCACAUCUCACACGGGAUAAGGUCAGGGUCUGCCAGGUUGGUGGCGAGAAACGGAGGUAUCGUGGUUUGACAUGUCCGAAAUGGUGAUGGUGGUUUGGUGGUGUUGCGGGGUACGGGCGCUGAACGGGCAGGUGUGUUGCGCACUGGCAGGCAGUGUUCAAUCUUCGCCGCUCUCACAACCCUCACCACAACAAGCUCGCAACAGAUGUUGUUGCCACUGCCAAAAAUACUGUCACGCAACGGUCUCGCUUCAAGCCGCGAUACGAAGAUCGAACGAGAAACCUAUACAAGUUAUUGCGCGUCCGCCGCAGAACGACCGAAUUACCAUUAACACACGUCACAUAUUGAAGACACAAGUUGGCCAUCAUAUUGAGGUAGAAGAAAGACUGCAAACAUCAGGAGACAGGAGCUGCUGCCCUUCGCACUGUCCAGCCCGAAAGGCCCCGCCAACCUCUCCACAUCAGAAUCUAGCCAGAAUACAGCAGCGACAUCUGCAUUCCAGAACACUUCUCCAUCUUAAUCGUGCAUUGACAACUGUCCCCUAUGUUCCGGCAGCUAUCUCACCAUCAUCAGGGAGGUUCCUGACUGAUAAUCAUCAAACACCGUGGGUGAUGCCAGCUGCCGGUCAAACGGCACCACCAACCCCACUCUAUUGAUCGCAGAAUUCGAUCAUAACUGGCCACACCAGCUAAACAACGACAGUUCAACGAAAUCAAGUCCAUGAUGGAUAGUUGCAUAUGAUAUGCAUAUUCUUAUUCUCCUGUGGAGCUUGCAUCAGCUCCAUUGUCACCGGUCAAUAUGCAGCUAAUUCUCUAGUCCACGUCCGAAAAGGUGCAGCGUGCAUGCAUUGAAGCCUCACCGGUCAACCUGAUCGAGUACCUGCAAGAUACCCACCAGCGUGCGCGGUCUCGAAUCUCUCAUAUAAUCACUCUCCUGCAUCGUCGGACCUGUCCGGGCUUCUGAAACAGACAAAAGCAUUGCGCAAGCUGUAUUGCCAGCUCACGUCUCCCCGCAUUUACCAGGACG